CUUAGAAUGGCCACAAAUUACGCGGAAAAAGCCGGCUCGCAGGAAAAUAAAAUAAUUUUAACUUUAUUAAAUGGUACUGGCUAUGUUUUUGAAGUGAAGGAUUAUAUGACCCUCAGAAAAAAACAUCACAUUGUAGGAGCUUUGGUAGGCACUUGCACCACACGAGGAUGGUCGGCCAAUGAUUGCACCAUGCCGGUAGAGUUAACUCCUUUGGAGACAAGACUUUUGCUGCAGCAGAAUAUUGCGGUAUUGGUUUCGAAGAAACAGGAACUUUUAAGGGAAUUCACAGAUGUGGAGCUGGCUCUAUAUAAAGAAAAGUUUGAUUUAAAAGUAAAUGAACAGGCGGAGAAUUUGAAAGAUGAAAAACUUAAGGAAUCGGAAAGAAAUAUAGAGAAGAUAAUGGCGGGCAAAAGGAAAAAGUUGCUAAAACAAGGAAUCCAGGAAAAAGAUUUACAACUAAACCCCUCAGAAAUUCUACAAGAAAUACGCAACAGUCUUAAAUUUGAUACCAAAAAUGCUUUGCUAGACAUACCCUGUGCUCAUGCCGAAACUCACACUGGCCAUUUAGUACAUUUUUCAAUCCCCGAUUGCUCUCUUAAGUACUUGGUUUUUCGAGACUAUUGGCUUAAAGGCAAAUAUGUGACCUGUGGUGAUGCUUUUGGAGCCGACUUUCUUAUCUACCCCGGUGAUCCUCUGCUCUAUCAUGCCUCUCAUAUUGUUAUAUUAUUAAAGAGUUCGAAAAUUAAACCUUUGGAUUUGGUAACCAAAGUACGUCUGUCCGUCACUGUUAAUAAGCUGUGCGUUUUUGCCUAUUUUGAUGAGGAUGUUGCUGAGGGUGAAGAACCUAAAAUUGUUUACCAAUCCUUUGUGUGGGAAGGUAAUCGGGAUAAGGAACGUUAAAUGAGAACAAUAGGAGUGAAUAGAAUAUGUGAAUCAAGAUACAAUUUUUGUAAAAAAUAUAAGCAAGACUGAAAGGUAAACAUUUAAAUAUAAUUUACAGUUUUGUUAAGAAUUUUAUUUAAAAUGCAGUAAAAAAUUAUAAAGAAAUACAUACAAAAACGAAUAUGUAAUUGAGA